AUGCAUAGACGCCAAGAAAAGUUAGAUCAACAGUAUUGGCAACGUUAUGAAUUGCGAAUCGCAGCUGCAAGACAAAUUCAGCGCGUCUUCCGCGGUUGGCGUGCACGGCAACGCGUUGUGCACCGAGUGCGAGUCGACAUGGAGCAUUUAAUUGCCGACAUUCAGCACCAACUCGACGGCGAGUGGUUGUUGCUUGGACUUGCAGCGGCAAAAAUACCGUCUUUCUCGUUAGACUGGGGACCUGACGCUAAGCUGCGGUUGCCACGCAUGGAGGACUUGCUUUUCGGCGUUUCAAUAAACUUUCCGAUCAGCGAUAUAAACUAUGAACAGCAAGGUGAACUUAGCAGCAGUCCAAGCGAAAAUGAGCAAGCUACCAGUCCAAGUUGCUCGCGGAAGUCGACAGUUGAUUUGAUGUCGCCGGACAAGGGUCUGUCGAUUGCACCAGUUGUCGGCAGCGCGUCUGAAAGCCACCAACCCACUAGCGACAUCGAUGUUAUCGACACAGAAAGUUUACGUAGUUUCAGGGACAGCUCGAACACCAGCUCGCAUGACGAGUGCAUCGACUUACGCGACACUGCCAUUCAAGCUGAACCGCCAGUGAGCGCUGAAGCGAAGCAUAUUAAGAGUCAAGAAGGCAGCAAGUGCAAUCACAGGACCGAUAACCAGUUGGCGAGUGUGCAAAACAUUCUUCGGGUGAAAACACCAUCCGAAAUUAUUUUGCUUGAGCUCGAGUGGGCUCGUCAGGCACUACUUGAUAGGCGAAAGUAUUUAAGAUCUAAGAGGCGUGUCGAAAAAGCUGCUCCGACUCAAGAAGCGAAGUGA